UGCGUGUCGGCAGGUGGAGGGAGAAGGGAAAGUUUGGCCCGCGCGUGGGGCUCGGGCGGAGGGCGGGACGGAGGGGCUGGGCCCGGACGGAUCCGCUGUGGCCGCGGCUGCGGAGGCCGAGGCCGGACACGGAGGCGCCGUCCGACCCGGGGCCGGUCCCGCAGCGGCGGGUGGGGGCGGGGCGGCGCGCGGCCCGGAGCCGGCGGAGGUCAGCGAGUUUGAGGGAGGCCCGCGGCCCGCUGCCGCCGUCAUGUCCGAGGAGGCGAGCGCCCUGCCCUGGUCCAUCAACAGGGACGACUACGAGCUCCAGGAGGUGAUCGGGAGUGGAGCAACUGCAGUGGUCCAGGCAGCUCACUGUACCCCUAAAAAGGAGAAAGUGGCAAUCAAACGGAUCAACCUUGAGAAAUGCCAGACGAGCAUGGAUGAGCUGCUGAAAGAAAUCCAGGCUAUGAGUCAGUGCCAUCAUCCCAAUAUCGUGUCUUACUACACAUCGUUUGUGGUCAAAGACGAGCUGUGGCUGGUCAUGAAGCUGCUGAGUGGAGGUUCUGUUCUGGAUAUCAUCAAGCAUAUUGUGGCAAAGGGCGAGCACAAGAGUGGUGUCCUGGACGAGCCCACCAUUGCUACAAUACUCCGAGAGGUCCUGGAAGGGCUGGAGUAUCUGCACAAGAAUGGACAGAUCCAUCGAGAUGUGAAAGCUGGAAAUAUUCUUCUUGGAGAAGAUGGAUCAGUGCAGAUUGCAGGUCCUGCUGAUGCCCCUGGGAAGUCAGCGAAGGAUGCACCAGUGAGCCCAGCCAUCCACGUAGGAAACCCAGAUGCAGUUCCUGGCUCUCGGCUGUGACCGUUUGGGAAGAGA